GACUGGGGGGACUUAAUGGGUGUUACACACGCGCGCGCCAUGGUCCUCGUGAGUCUUCGGUGGCGGCAGUUGCUGCAGAGGUUGCGUGUCGCUAUUCCUCUCCCACCGGCUGGGCGUUUAGCGCCCGCUCCGGUCAGGUUUUGGCACGCCACUGGCGCCAGCUAUCGGCUCCCGGAGUCUGGCCAUGGGCCUGCUAAGGGAAGGAGGGGUUGGGACGGCAACCGGAGCAGCUGUGGAGCAGGGGGCGACGAGGAGGAAGAAGACGGGGAAGACGAGGACAGGCUGGACAUAGAUGAAGAUCUACUGGAAUCUAGCCUGCCCCCUCUCCCUCUUGACGCCCAGAAAGUGUUUAUUGUCCAUCCAGCUGUGAAAUGGGGGCCAGGCAAGCCUCAGCUGACCACAGCUGAACUACAACUAGCUGAGGCUGCUGCUCUCAUAAACACCAUACAGAACUGGACAGUUGUAGAUAAAAUCAUCCUUUCUACAAAAGCUCCUGGCAAGAAAUUUAUCUUUGGCAAAGGGAAUUUUCAGCUUCUGACUGAUAAGAUUAAAGGACUGUCAAACAUAUCAUCUGUCUUUGUAAAUGUUGAAAGGCUUUCUCCUCUAACAAAGAAAGAACUUGAAGAAGCCUGGCAAGUGAAGGUCUUUGACAGAUACACAGUCGUCCUUCAUAUUUUCCGCUGCAAUGCUCGAACAAAAGAGGCAAAGCUCCAGAUAGCAUUGGCUGAAAUCCCACUUCUAAGGACCAAUGUAAGAAAUGAUGUCAAUCGGUUGGAUCAGCAGAGAGGUGGCUCAAGAUACAUUAUGGGUUCAGGUGAAACAUUCAUGGAAGUGCAACUUCGCCUCUUAAAAGAAAAGGAACAAAAAAUUCGAAAAGCACUGGAGAGGCUUAGAAGAAAAAGGUGCUUACUCAGAAGUCAAAGAAGAAAGUGCGAGUUUCCUACUAUUUCAGUAAUGGGCUACACUAAUUGUGGUAAAACCACUCUUAUCAAGGCCCUUACUGGGGAUUCAGCACUGCAACCUCAAGAUCAGCUCUUUGCAACAUUGGACAUUACAGCCCAUGCUGGCCUCCUGCCAUCACGCCUGACUGUCCUGUAUGUUGACACGAUUGGAUUUCUGUCUCAGCUGCCCCAUGACCUUGUGGAAUCGUUUUCAGCUACAUUAGAAGAUGUAGCCUGCUCAGAUUUAAUUGUACACGUGCGGGAUGUCAGCCAUCCAGAAAGCAGCCUCCAGAAGGAAAGCGUGCUAUCAGUUCUCAGGAAACUUAAUCUUCCCAGUCACCUACUGGAGUCAAUUAUUGAAGUUCACAAUAAAGUGGAUUUGAUAAAUAGGUAUCAUCCGGCUGAACCAGAUGCAAUGGCCGUUUCUGCUCUCCUUGGGCAUGGUUUAGAAGAAUUAAAAAAGGAAAUAGACAGCAGAGUUCUGAAAGUAACUGGGAAAAACAUUAUGACAAUUAAAAUCGAUCUAUCUGGACCUCAGCUCAGUUGGCUCUACAAAGAAGCAACAGUGCAAGAUGUGGAUGUUGUUCCUGAAGAUGGUACAGCCAACGUGAAGGUGAUCAUAAACAAUUCCACUUUGGGCAAAUACAAAAGACUGUUUCCUCGAUCAAGUUAUUCCUCUUGCAAUUAACAAGAUACAUUAUCUUUGCAGAGAAUCUCUGAUUAAUAGGUAUUGCAGAGCUGUUAAACACACACACACAGGGGAGAGAGAGCACUUUGCUAGAAUAUAGACCUUCAUCCUGUUUGCUUCAAAUGGACCAGGAACUGUUUGCCUUGAAUUGCUGAAGAAACAUAUUUGUGAAAAUGUCAUGAGACAGUUGCAACACUUUCCGUUUAUGGGGAAUUGCAUAAAACCACCCAUCCUUGGCAAGGUGACAGAUCUAUUCAGUUGCUUACAUGCAGGGUUUAUCAGUCAGAAAGCUAAUUUUUAAUCAAAGUGAAUGUUGUUUUAUCAGAAAAGUUGCCGUGAUUUUCCAGACUGCUAAUGCUGCUCUAACCUCUGUAUUACAAUUCCUGACACUUUGUUAAAAAGUACUUGCUUGUUUGGAGAAGAAAAGUCCCAAAGUUUUAUAUUACAGGCCUGGGCUCCCCUCCUUUAACAAAAAUAAAU